AUGUCCGACUCUACCAACCACUCGAACUCCUGUGUUACCAAUACCUCCAAUGCAACAGGCCAGCAGACUACCAGUUCUCCAGAAAACCCCCCAAUCACGUCCAGCACUCAGCCGAGCCCUUCCACCUCCAGUAUCGGUACCCACGCCGUCAACAGAGGACUCGUGAAUGGCAAUCACCAAGCCCAGCGCACAACCCCAACCGGUAGUACUAUCAAUAGCGACCACCAAGUCAGAGACAACGCCCUAAACAAUCAAAAUGACACGCCGCCCUCUGCAAUGAUGAUUGUGGAACAUACAGAUGACCCCACUGUUCGAAGGCUUCAUGAGGCCUUCCACACGGAUGCGCCGCAACGUCCUAGACGGCCUUUCACACGUGCGAGUUCUAUAGCGCACGAAAUGACCGCCAGGGAUAGACAAGAGUUUGGUCUACAGCCUGACACUGCCCAAUCAGAAAGUGCUUCCAACAACAAUCAAUCGACAACUUCGGAGCCUGACGGUUUCGAUCUCUUCGAAACUCCCUCCUCUGGAAUCCCGCCAGUUGCUGUCACAGACACUCCGGUAACACUUGGUGUGUCUCGAGACGAUUACUUCAGCUUGUCCGGUGCCCUACAGUCUGAUCCUCCACAGGCGAACAGUUCCGGAUCCCGCAGAGUUUCUCAAGGGGCAGACUUUACUGCCUUUUGCUUCCAUGCAAGUGGAUUACCAUCAUACCCUAUGCGUCGUUCGGCGCCGCCUAGCGGAACGGCCGCACUUUCCAGUCAUCCUUUUGGGGAAGCAAGCGACGCAGCCACCAUGCUCAACUCUACCCCACUCGUCAACGGAAGAUCUAGUAACAGCGACCAACGCCCUUCAUAUUCCCUGAGAGAUUUAGAGUUGAGAGGCGACGACUCCAAUACAGCUGGGGGUGUAUAUGCUACUGUCCAUUCUGAGGCUGACUGUACCCACCGACAAGCCGAAAACAGCAAUGGAGAUGUUAUUGAAAAUGGCCAUGGACGAGCGCAGGCCAGCCAAGGCACACGAAUGAAUACUCCACCUUCGGUCAACGUGAGCGAACUGCGAUUGGGCCCGGUGAGCAGGGAGUCACACACCGAGCUUGCGCUUUUCAGCCAGUACAGCGAAGACGAGCCAAGCAGAGCUGCUCUAGACGAAGACACUACAGCAAGCAACUCCGCAACCCCAGUACGGCGCCGUGGUCUUGUUGCUCCGCUUGAACUCGCCAACCAUGGUGAUAGACGAGCGCCAGCCCGCCCAAACACCCCUGUCCAAUCGCAGACCACAGGUAUCCCACCGCUGUCCGAUCUUGCCAGUCAUCAUCCGGGUAGGAGGGCUAGCAACUCUUCUCUAGUUCACGGUAGUGUGCCUGACAAUAGCACUCGCGACAGCACGCCCAGAGACGACAGACGCCCAACACGCUUGAGUAAUUACUUGCCAGGAGCAUCUUCAUCAAGCGAGGAUAGAGAAGCAUGGACUGGUGAACUUAUCGUUCCUCCUGAGAACGCCAUUGAAACCCAGAGACGUCCAAACCACGCAUGGCAGAAUAUGAACCCAGUAUUAUUUGAGGGAGUCACAACAUCCCACAACGUGCUCAAUAGCGAUGAGAACGGCCUGUGCUCUGAAAGUGACACAGAGAACUUCCGGUCGAACACAGCCCUCGAUACUUCUGCCUCAACGGAUCACCAGGACACUACUUACCUCAUUUCGCAUGGACACAUCUCUAGCAGCGACCAUCCAAUUGUGACAAGCAUCACUAGUAACGUCCCAGAGAGCGGAGGUAAUCCGACCUACCUGACCGAUUAUAUGGAAGAACCGUUAGUCGAGGAAAGAGGAAGAUGGACUCAUGCGUUCGUCGUUGCUCCGGUCGAGAGCAACGCACGCCUGGACGUUCCUUCAGUCUCUCCAACUCAGAGUGAUCAACAGGAUCGUGCUUUGUCAGCGGUCAACAAUAGCAACGUUAAUAGUCGCGACCGCCGAGCUCCCAGGACUGGAGGAUCCUUGAGACAGAUGAGUACCGAAGAGAACGAGGCAUUCUGGAUUGAGUUUGACGACUCGAGAUACAGUUGA